GACGGCGGGAACACGCCGGUUGUUUACAAAGACGGCGUUGCAGAAAGCCGACCUCAUAUAUAUUGUUGACUGUGUUGUGUUAGUUAUAACUUUAUUGGCGCUGCAGCAUUCUGUUUGGAAAUUUUAACAUGGAAUUAUCUUCGGGAAGUGAGGUGGAAAGUGAUUUUGAUGAGAGUUCUGGAGAUGAGUGGGAGUCGGAAGACGUUUCGACCUCCUUUUCCGAUGAACCCACAACUCCACCAUCAAAAAGGAAAUUUUCCAGUUUGGAUGUACCAAGUAACUCAUCUGCCUCCAUAAGCACGACUCCUACAGGAAGAACAAAAUCAAGAGGCAGACCAUUGAAAAGAACAUGGUCGAGAGGACGGCGUAGGAGUCUGGAAGUAUCUCCUCCACAACCGGAGCCUGUUAUAACUCCUAGGGCGACUGUGCCAGUGAACUUUGAACCCCCACCUUCCUCUUGGCCAGGAGACCCAAGUCAUCCCCCUAACAUUCCACCUUUCACUGGUGUCCCGAGAAUUAAUAUAUCAUGUGGUGAUUUGACACCAAUCAAUGUAGUCAGCAAAUUUCUUACUAAUGAAUUGUUUGAAAAUAUCAAAGACCAGACAAAUUUAUAUGCCGCACAAAAAAUUAGUGCUUCUCAGUCAUCCGCUUCCCCCCGUUCAAUAUUGAGAACCUGGAAACCAGUUACAAUUCCCGAAUUGAAGAUUUUUUUUGCAAUAAUGCUCCACACCGGCAUAGUCAGAAAACCGCAGUUGCGACUGUACUGGUCAACAAGUCCCACUUAUGCAGAAACCUUUUGUCCGUCUCUCAUGUCCCGAAACAGAUUUACAUCAAUAUUAUGGAUGCUAAAGUUCAAUGACAGCAACACAUAUGCACCAUAUGGGACAGUUGGUCAUGACCCAUUGCACAAGAUUCGUCCUGUCAUAGAUCUGUUACAUGAAAAAUUUGAAAAUAUUCUGUAUCCUAAGCAAAAAAUAUCUUUGGAUGAAGGGACGUGUCCUUUCAAAGGACAAGUGAGAUUUCGGGCAUAUAAUCCAGCCAAACCACAUAAGUGGGGAAUUAAAUUAUUUGAAGUAUGUGAAGCUGAGUCUGGCUACUGCUUCGGUUUCAAAAUCGCAACAAGUGUAGGAGAUUCUUCCCCUUUCAAUCUUGUGAUGAAUCUGUGCGAGAAGAUCAUGGACAAAGGGCAUAUAAUAUAUAUGGACAGGUACUAUUCGUCCCCCAAACUUUAUGAUGCUCUGUCUCAAAGGAAUACAUAUGCCGUUGGCACAUGUAUGAUAAACAGAAAAGAAAUGCCAAAAGAAUAUCUAGGUCAAAAUUUGAGGCGGGGUUCAAUUCUCUCCUGUCGUCGGGGCAAACUCUUAGCCCUCAAAUGGAAAGAUAAGAAAGAUGUCAUCAUGCUGUCCACUGUGCACAAUGAUGCAAUGACUACAGUGUCAGUAAGAGCUCCUGGUGGAAGGAAAGAUAAAUUAAAGCCUGUCAUUGUAGAUGACUACAAUCGUCACAUGGGAGGUGUGGACAAAAGUGAUCAAAUGCUGAGUUACUACGGAACAAACCGAAAAACUGUAAAAUGGUACAUCAAAAUGUUUUUCCACUUGAUCAAUUUAGCAAUCGUGAAUUCUCAAAAAUAUACAAUCUUCUACAGACAGAUUCAAAGAAAAAAUUAUCGCUACUACAAUUCAUUGAGAAUAUUUCCCACCAAUUUGCUGAAACUGGUGCUGUUGAAGGAUCAGGAUUUGGCCUUUCUUCAGAUACAACUUGGACAUCACGAUUUUCUGGUAGACAUUUUCCUUCUUACAUGCCAGCAACUCCAAGUGCUGAACAUCCGACAAGAACCUGCAGAGUAUGCAGUGCGAUAGCUUCAAGAUACAGUGCUGCAACAGGAUCUCGAAAGAAAAAAUACAACAAAAGAACUUCUUACAUGUGUGAGUUGUGCAAAGUGCCACUAUGCAUUACUCCAUGUUUUAAAAAAUUUCACACACAGAAGCAUUAUUGGAAAGAAUAAUUUUUAUAUGUAUUGCAAUGUAACAGUGCCUUUACCUUCCACUCAUUCCAUAUUCACACUUUUUUCACUCAUUGUAUAUAUAUCAUACAUUGUUUAGUUAAUUUCUUCCAAUUGAGACGACAAAAAAAAUCAUUGGUAUUGUAUUUUCAUAUGCUCUUUAUG